AAUCGAAAUUAAAAUUUAUAGUGGAACAAUUGUGAUUGUUUGAUGCUACUCUGGGCGAAUGAUUAUUUUCCUUUCUGUUUCUGUUUCGGUUUGUUUUUGUUUGUGUUUCUGUUUGCAGUUGUUGUGCGCCUAAGCCUCAUCUUCCGGCACGGAAGACGACACCAGACGCCGGCCGUCCGAUUCGAUCCGAUCGUUAUUGUCGCAGCGAAAUUGAUCGCCGUUUGAGCCCAGUUUGGGUUUUGAUUCUGUUUCGAUUUUGGCGAAUUUCAAUGUCAGUGGCACUAAUUCAUUGUGUGCAUAUUGAUUCGCCUGAUCCAAUCGAUGUAUCGAGAGAUGCUCAUGCUCAAGCUCCCCCGCAUUGCGAUUCACAUACAAUGAAUAUUUAAUACAUAAUACGAAUAAUAUUAGCCACUUAUGAUGUUGGAAAAUACUUUAGUUUCGUGUGAAAGAUAGUUCCGAUGAUUAUGGAAGGCUUAACAGAUCCAAAUAGAGCAAAUCUUUUAUCAGACAACCAUUUCGACCGAUUUUCAUGGGCUGUGGACUGGCACAAAUCCGGAAAAUGGUCAAAAUAAAUUCCAUUUAACAAAAAUCCAUUCAUUCGUGUACUUUAUAUAUAUUUUGGCUUCCUUUGAUGGCUCUGUCUGUUGUUGUUGGGUUGCAAUUGUUGUUGAACAUGACACCAGAAAAUGCCAUUGAACCCGUCAACAAAGUGAGGAGGAGAGGGCGAAGGAGGAGGAGGGUUAGCGAAUUGUUAUACUGGGCCACAUGCAUACGAUACUCGUCUCGCGGCUGCGUGUCAGACUUUUUCAUAAAAUAAACCAUUUUCUAUAUGCAUGAAGUGCGGACUUAAUUCGGCGUUUCUUUUUUCGAUUCAUGUGACGUGUGACGUACGGAGUAGCCCUCGAUUAUGUGGCAUGUUAAACAAUGCUCAAUAGAAGACAAUUGUUUAAACAAUUUGUCAGAGCAGCAGCAGCAGAAGGUACGGUGCCCGGGCAAUGCUCUUGGGGAAGGUCGCUCGAGCGGUACUUUAAAAAACAGUUUCAAAUAUUGAAACAGUCAUAUCCCAAUAGCGAUAGCGACAGCAAUUAACAGAACGGGAUUUGUGUUUGUAUUUGCCCAAAAUCGCACAGGAAAUAGCCGCCUAAUCGAGCGGUUAUGCAGCUGGUUUUGGCAAAGAGUGCGUGUCGAAAGAGAAUGAUAGAAGAGAGGGCGAGAGAGAGCACACCGAAAUAAUGAGGGAUUUCUGCCUAGGCGACGACCACUACGUUCUGUAGGAGAGAGCGAGCGCGAGAGAGGAAGGCCUGGCUAGAGAUGGCACCACUCUCAUUUUCUCGUGGCAUGUGUGAGCGUGAUCGAUAGACUCCUCGUUUUCGAUUUCUGUGACCUUUAACUCAAUUCUAGUCCUGGAAAUAUUUGUUCUGUUGUAAAAUAUUUGUGAAAUUCCGAUUAGCGAUGCGUCGCAACCGCUACGACAACGACUGCACUGUUUUCAGUCCGCAGGGAAGGAUCUUCCAGGUGGAGUACGCCAUGGAGGCGGUGAAGCAGGGCACGACGGCCACAGUGGGCCUCACCAGCAAGGACUACACGGUGCUGGUGUCCCUCCAGGGGCCAGCGGCCGCGGAUACGUCGGCCUUGCCGCAGCGCAAGAUCCUGUCCGUGCACCCAAAGCUCGGUCUAGCCUUCGCGGGCCUCGUGCCGGAUGCCCAGAUCCUCCACAGCCACCUGUGCACCCAGUGCCUCACGUACAACCUCUCGUACAUCGGGGAGAUGCCCGUCGCCCGCCUGAUGACCGACCUGGCCAUCAAGAUGCAGGCCCACACGAACCGCAACGAGCGCCGUCCCUUCGGGGCGGGCCACGACAGCCACGGAGCGCACCUCUACCAGGCGAUGCCCUCGGCGGCUGUCAUCAAGUGCAGGGCCACGGCCAUCGGGGCCCGCUCCCAGCUGGCUCUCCGCUACCUGGAGCGCCUUUGAGCACUGCUCCAAGGAGGAGUUGAUCUGCCACGGCAUUCAGGCCAUCCGCGGACCCCUGGCGCAGGAGCAGAACCUCGAGAUAAAGCUGGCCCUCGUCGGGGCAGAGCAGGAGUUUAGGAUCUGCGAUGCGGCAGAGACUCAAAAGUAUAUCGAGCUGUCGAAGCGCUUGGACCAAGAGGUGUCUAGUGUAGAGGCCUUCACAGAAGAGGAGACCGGAGAGCAGACUUCCAGUGAGACUUAAUGUGGCAGCAACCAUUGUUGCCUCUGAGACAGACACAGCCACAGGGACAAACACAUACACCUACGACUGCACUUGUAUUGCAGUCUUUGCCCCAUUAAAUAUGCUGCUGCUGAUGCUGUUUAUGUUGGCCAA